AUGGGCGCUCUCUGCUCCAGAUCAGAACUGGCAGAUGAAGCCAAGGGUCAUCAUCAUCGACAACUUAGUCAGGACCAUCAUCGCGAAGACGAUAAGAAACAGCAUUCAAGUAGCGGCUUCAUGACUCGUUUAUCGCAACGCACGACAAAUCAAUCCAAGAUCAUCGGGAUGAGGAACCAGGACUCAUUACCAAACGCUGCGGCAGCGGCGCGAUGCCAUAUCCAGGCUCACGAUGCAGAAAUUGCAGGUCGGAGUGUUUUUACUGCAUCUUUAGAAUCACACACAGUCACACCUGAAUCUGGCCCCGUUGGAGACUACUUCAAGUUGCGGCAAAAUCUGGUGGCUCGCGAGAAAGCUUUGGACUUUGAUCAUGAUUGCCGCAUGCGCAGCACACCUCAGGAAAGGCGAGCAGAUGCUAUCAUUCAAAAGCUGAGACGUGACGAUGAGGAGAGUGUGUACGCCCAAGCUGCAUCAAGGGCAGGUUACGGUGGGCAGCAACAUCCCCGGUUUGCAGGAGAUCACUUUCUAUCCAACAAACACCUCAUUGACCAAACAAGUCUAUUCAAGGUGGCACAACGCAUGCCCAAGGGCGCCCACUUGCAUAUUCAUUUCAACGCCUGUCUUGCUCCUCACGUUCUGCUCAACCUCGCCAAAGAGAUGGACCGUAUGUUCAUUACGAGCGAUGUGCCCCUAACCUCGGACAACAAUCACGUCAACUUUGACAGAUGCGAGAUCCAGUUCUCUCUGCUAAGCCCCGAGAAAGAAUCGCCAGGCGAUUUGUUCUCUCAGUCAUAUCAGCCCCGGCAGACAAUGCGCUUCAAAGACUUCCUCAACAAAUUUCCAGGAUACUACACUAAAGACUCUACCAGCGUUGAUGAGUGGCUUUUUGAAAAGCUAAUGUUUCAUGAGGAGGAGACUCAUAACCAUUUGCAGACCGCAUCGGGAGCAUGGGAGAAAUUCAACGGACGCACGCGUAUGAUGAAGGGUCUCUUUAACUAUGCUACUGCAUAUCGAAGAUAUACUCGCUUAUGUCUGGAGGACUUUAUGAAAGAUAACAUCAGUUAUGCUGAAAUUCGACCUAAUUUCAUGACUAGCAAUCAACUUUGGACUGACGACGGCAAACAGCUCAUCGACAAUAAGGGCAUCAUGAAGUUAAUCAUUGAAGAAGUCCAGAACUUCCAAAUCGACAUAAAGAAGCAAGGAAGAUACUUCGGAGGUCUGAAGGUGAUUUACUGCACGCCCCGGUCAUUUGCACCAGAAAAGAUCGAGGCCGCUCUUGCAGAGUGUCUGGCCUUCAAGAAGUUGUGGCCAGAAUGGAUCGCUGGAUUCGACCUUGUUGGGGAAGAGGCAAAAGGACGGCCCAUCAAAGACUUCAUUCCUGAACUCUUGAAGUUCCAGGACAACUGUGCCAGUGAAGGUGUGGAAAUACCGUUCCUCUUUCACUGUGGCGAGACACUGGAUAUGGGAACCGAUACCGACGGGAACCUCGUUGAUGCACUCUUGUUGAAGUCGAAGAGAAUCGGGCACGGGUUUGCGCUAGCCAAGCAUCCUUAUGUGAUGCAGCAUAUGAAGGAGCGUGGCAUCUGCCUUGAACUCUGUCCCAUCUCCAACGAGAUCCUGGGACUUACGCCACGAGUCAGUGGGCAUGCCAUGUAUCAGCUUCUUGCCAACAACGUGCACUGCACGGUAAGCUCAGACAAUGGGACACUAUUCAGAUCCUCUCUAUCUCAUGACUUUUACCAGGUCAUGGUUGGCAAGGCCGACAUGGGACUGUUUGGCUGGAAACAGCUCGUGCUAUGGAGCCUUGAACACGCUUGUCUUUCGGACUAUGAGCAAUCUGCUGUAGUUCGUGAUUGGGAGCAGAAAUGGAAGGAGUUUGUCGAUUGGGUGAUCACAACAUACGGGACUGAAAGAAGCCUCAUUUGA